AAGCAACACAUUUGUGGCGCCGAUUUCACGGCACUUGAAAAAAUACUUUUAUAUACAAAACCCCCAAUUUAAAUAUAUCUAAUUCCAACCUCUUUCUUCCUUGUUUGGCACCCAAUAAUACUAUACACUCACCAGCUUCAACAGCCUUGAGCACAGAACCCAGUGUCACUACUCCCUACCCACCCUACUCUUCCAUAACCAAACACCCCCUUUUUCUCUUUCUCUAUCUCCCCCAUGAAAAAAUCCAACACAAAACAAAUACUAGUAGUUCAAACCAAACUUAUGUGAAAUAUCUAUCUUAUUCAAUCCAAUAAACUUUCUCUAUUAUAUCCAAUAUCCAUUUUCAGCACCAAGUACACCAUAUAGCUUCCACAACGUUGCGGCGGUACCGGUACCGGUCCCGGUAAGAAAGCUGCAUUUUCUCUUCAUAGGAAGAAACUAAUCACCCUUUGAUAAUAUUCUCAAACUUUUUAUUUGUUUUCAGUUUUUGUGGGUGACUACUAACUAGUAUGUACUAGUAGUAGUAUUUUCACAUGCACUUAGUUCAACAGUACAUUUAUGUGAAGUUUAAGCAUGAAAGAGAUAAACUUUAGUCUCCUCCUUGGUUAGUGGCCGCAUUUAACCUUCACCACCACCACCACCACCGCCACCACUACAUAAACUUGGCAUUCACAAAUUUUUAGCCUAAUACAUUAUUUCCUGUUUUGGUUUUAAGGACAACAUAUAUAAUGGAGACUUCUCAACUUACAUUGUUUUAUAUCAUCAUAAACUUAAUUUGUAUGAUUUGGGUAGUCUCAGUUUCAAGCUUAUUAUCAUCAGAUGGUGAAGCCUUACUUUCACUGUUAUCAGGAGCAGACCCAGUUUCAAAAUCAUCCUCUUCAGUACUUUCAACAUGGAAUCCUUCUUCUGCAACUCCAUGUUCAUGGCAAGGUAUAACUUGUUCACCACAACAAACAGUCAUUUCUCUUUCUCUUCCUAAUAUUUUCCUCAAUCUCUCUUCACUCCCUUCCCAACUUUCUUCUCUAUCUUCUCUUCAAUUCCUUAACCUCUCCACCACUAACAUCUCGGGAACUAUACCGCCUUCUUUUGGUCUUUUCUCUCAUCUACGCCUUCUCGACCUCUCGGACAACAAUCUCUCAGGACCCAUCCCUAAAGAACUUGGACAACUCUCUUCCCUUCAAUUUCUUUACUUAAAUUCUAAUAAACUCUCUGGAAAAAUCCCACCUCAGCUGUCUAACCUCACUUCUUUACAAGUCCUCUGUCUCCAAGAUAACUUACUUAAUAGCACAAUACCAUCACAGUUGGGAUCUUUGCACUCCCUUCAGCAGUUCAGGUUAGGGGGUAAUCCUUAUUUAACAGGGGAGAUUCCUCAUCAAUUGGGUUUACUUACCAAUCUCACCAUAUUUGGUGUUGCUGCAACUGGGUUAUCUGGUGUGUUGCCCUCUGCAUUUGGGAACCUUAUUCAUUUAGAGACCCUUGCUGUCUAUGAAACUGAUGUUUCGGGGUCGAUUCCUCCAGAGCUGGGUUCGUGUUCCCAGCUGACUAAUUUAUACUUACACAUGAACAAGAUGACGGGGGAGAUUCCCCCGCAGUUGGGAAGGCUUCAGAAGCUCACUAGCUUACUCUUAUGGGGUAAUUCUCUGACAGGGAGUAUUCCUGCCGAGCUUUCUAACUGCUCGUCAUUGGUUGUGCUUGAUUUAUCGGCUAAUAAUCUGUCAGGAGAGAUUCCGGGUGAAUUGGGAAAGUUAGUGUUGUUACAGCAGAUUCAUCUGUCUGAUAAUUCACUCACAGGUUCAAUUCCUUGGGAAUUGAGCAACUGUACAAGUCUGACUACGCUGCAGUUGGAUAAGAACCAACUUUCAGGUUCCAUUCCUUCACAGAUUGGUGAUCUUAAGUACUUGCAGAGCUUCUUCUUGUGGGGGAACUCGGUAUCUGGGACUAUUCCUGCUGAGUUUGGCAAUUGCACCGAACUUUACACUCUUGAUCUUUCGAGGAAUAAGCUUACUGGGUCGAUCCCCGAGGAGAUCUUCAGGUUGAAGAAGCUCAGCAAGCUUUUGUUGCUGGGGAAUUCGUUGAGCGGUGGGUUGUCUCCAGGUCUUGCGAAUUGUCAGUCUUUGGUCAGAUUGAGGCUUGGAGAAAAUCAGCUUGCUGGGAAGAUACCGAAAGAGAUAGGGCAGUUGCAGAAUCUUGUGUUUCUUGACUUGUUCAUGAAUCAUUUCUCAGGUGGGAUCCCUCAUGAGAUUGGCAAUAUCACUGUGCUUGAGCUACUUGAUUUGCACAAUAAUCAUCUGACAGGAGAAAUCCCAGCUGAGUUGGGAAAGCUAGUGAAUCUCGAGCAGCUUGAUUUGAGUCGAAACAGCUUCACCGGUCAAAUUCCUUCAAGUUUUGGGAAUUUCAGCUACUUGGAUAAACUCAUCCUCAACAACAAUUUAUUAUCAGGGCAAAUUCCAAUAUCCAUCAAAAACUUGCAGAAGCUUACACUACUUGACUUGAGCUCCAAUAAUCUCUCAGGAGCAAUACCCCCUGAACUCGGCUUCUUGACAAGCUUAUCUAUCAGCUUGGACUUGAGCCAUAAUGCUUUGAGUGGUGAAAUACCCGAGCCUUUAUCUAGUCUAACACAACUACAGUCUCUCGAUCUUUCUCACAACACAUUUUCUGGAAAAAUCGUUGUCCUUGGUUCAUUGACAAGCCUCACUUCAUUGAAUAUAUCCUGCAACAAUUUCUCAGGCCCGAUUCCUGUUACUCCAUUCUUCAAAACCCUAAACUCAAAUUCCUUCAUUGAGAACAAAGAUCUCUGCCAAUCACUUGAUGGCACUACAUGUUCUUCAGACUUAUUCAGGAGAAACAGGUUAAAAUCUGCCAAAACUGUUGCUCUGAUAUGUGUGAUUCUAGCUUCUGUUACGAUAGCACUUGUAGUUUCAUGGAUGGUUAUUACACGAAACCGGAAGUACUUACUCAACAAAUCAGGUGGAAACUCGGGUGCUAUUGCAGAUUCAGAUGAUUUCUCCUAUCCUUGGACUUUUAUUCCUUUCAAAAAGUUCAGUUUUACUAUUGACAACAUAUUAGACUGCUUGAAAGAUGAAAAUAUCAUUGGAAAAGGGUGUUCUGGUGUUGUGUAUAAAGCAGAAAUGCCUACUGGGGAGCUCAUUGCUGUUAAAAAAUUAUGGAAAACAAAGAAAGAAGAGGAAAUAGUAGAUUCUUUUGCUGCAGAAAUCCAGAUUCUUGGGCAUAUUCGACAUCGGAAUAUUGUCAAAUUGUUAGGUUAUUGUUCAAAUAAGAAUGUGAAGCUACUGCUUUACAAUUACGUAUCAAAUGGGAAUUUGCAGCAGCUGUUACAGAGUAACAGGAACUUGGAUUGGGAGAUAAGGUACAAGAUUGCUGUUGGAUCAGCACAAGGUCUUGCUUAUCUUCAUCACGAUUGCGUCCCAUCAAUCAUUCACAGAGAUGUCAAGUGUAAUAACAUACUUCUUGAUUCUAAGUAUGAAGCUUAUCUUGCUGAUUUUGGAUUAGCUAAGCUCAUGCAUUCUACAACAUAUCAUCAUGCAAUCUCCAGAGUUGCUGGGUCUUAUGGAUAUAUAGCUCCAGAGUACGGUUACUCCAUGAACAUAACAGAAAAGAGCGACGUUUACAGUUAUGGAGUAGUCCUUCUGGAAAUCCUAAGCGGCCGCAGUGCCAUUGGAAACCAGGUAAUGGGAGAAGGACAACACAUAGUUGAGUGGGUAAAGAAGAAAAUGGGAAGCUUUGAACCAGCAGUAUCAGUAUUAGACACAAAGCUUCAAGGACUACCAGAUCAAAUGGUGCAAGAGAUGCUUCAAACACUCGGUAUUGCGAUGUUUUGUGUGAACUCAGCACCGUCAGAGAGACCAACCAUGAAAGAAGUAGUAGCCCUUCUCAUGGAGGUGAAAACAACUCCUGAAGAAUUAGGAAAAACUUCUCAACCUCUAAUAAAACAGCCUUCAACACAGAGCUAAUUCAUUUGAUCCCUCUUUUCUUUUGCUACUUAAAUGUAGUCAUUUUAGCUAUGGAUUGUAGGAAGCAGGGGGAAGAGAUGGUCCUUUGACUCAGAAGGUUGGUCAAUGAUAAUUUCUUGUACAGCUUUGUAGGAACAUUAAUGUGUUUAAUCCCUUCAUGUUCAUCUGCUCUAUAUUCUUUUCUUUUUGUCAUUUGAAUUUCCUCAAUAAACAUCUAGUUAUUGACUGCUCAA